GUGUUUUCUUAGUAUAAAAGACAGUAUCCUCGCGCCCUCCUGGCACAAACGUGAACGGAGAAGACAAAACACCCCAAGUACACAGAAGAAUAAUUUCCUUCGAGAACAAUCGUUAAAAGAUGCAGAUCUUCGUGAAGACCCUCACAGGCAAGACCAUCACCCUCGAGGUCGAGCCAAGCGACACCAUUGAGAAUGUGAAGGCCAAGAUCCAGGACAAGGAGGGCAUCCCCCCAGACCAGCAGCGUCUGAUCUUUGCCGGCAAGCAGCUGGAAGAUGGCCGCACCCUUUCCGACUACAACAUCCAGAAAGAAUCCACCCUUCAUCUGGUGCUCCGACUCAGGGGCGGCAUGCAGAUCUUCGUGAAGACCCUCACAGGCAAGACCAUCACCCUCGAGGUCGAGCCAAGCGACACCAUUGAGAAUGUGAAGGCCAAGAUCCAGGACAAGGAGGGCAUCCCCCCAGACCAGCAGCGUCUGAUCUUUGCCGGCAAGCAGCUGGAAGAUGGCCGCACCCUUUCCGACUACAACAUCCAGAAAGAGUCCACCCUUCAUCUGGUGCUCCGACUCAGGGGCGGCAUGCAGAUCUUCGUGAAGACCCUCACAGGCAAGACCAUCACCCUCGAGGUCGAGCCAAGCGACACCAUUGAGAAUGUGAAGGCCAAGAUCCAGGACAAGGAGGGCAUCCCCCCAGACCAGCAGCGUCUGAUCUUUGCCGGCAAGCAGCUGGAAGAUGGCCGCACCCUUUCCGACUACAACAUCCAGAAAGAAUCCACCCUUCAUCUGGUGCUCCGACUCAGGGGCGGCAUGCAGAUCUUCGUGAAGACCCUCACAGGCAAGACCAUCACCCUCGAGGUCGAGCCAAGCGACACCAUUGAGAAUGUGAAGGCCAAGAUCCAGGACAAGGAGGGCAUCCCCCCAGACCAGCAGCGUCUGAUCUUUGCCGGCAAGCAGCUGGAAGAUGGCCGCACCCUUUCCGACUACAACAUCCAGAAAGAGUCCACCCUUCAUCUGGUGCUCCGACUCAGGGGCGGCAUGCAGAUCUUCGUGAAGACCCUCACAGGCAAGACCAUCACCCUCGAGGUCGAGCCAAGCGACACCAUUGAGAAUGUGAAGGCCAAGAUCCAGGACAAGGAGGGCAUCCCCCCAGACCAGCAGCGUCUGAUCUUUGCCGGCAAGCAGCUGGAAGAUGGCCGCACCCUUUCCGACUACAACAUCCAGAAAGAGUCCACCCUUCAUCUGGUGCUCCGACUCAGGGGCGGCAUGCAGAUCUUCGUGAAGACCCUCACAGGCAAGACCAUCACCCUCGAGGUCGAGCCAAGCGACACCAUUGAGAAUGUGAAGGCCAAGAUCCAGGACAAGGAGGGCAUCCCCCCAGACCAGCAGCGUCUGAUCUUUGCCGGCAAGCAGCUGGAAGAUGGCCGCACCCUUUCCGACUACAACAUCCAGAAAGAGUCCACCCUUCAUCUGGUGCUCCGACUCAGGGGCGGCAUGCAGAUCUUCGUGAAGACCCUCACAGGCAAGACCAUCACCCUCGAGGUCGAGCCAAGCGACACCAUUGAGAAUGUGAAGGCCAAGAUCCAGGACAAGGAGGGCAUCCCCCCAGACCAGCAGCGUCUGAUCUUUGCCGGCAAGCAGCUGGAAGAUGGCCGCACCCUUUCCGACUACAACAUCCAGAAAGAAUCCACCCUUCAUCUGGUGCUCCGACUCAGGGGCGGCAUGCAGAUCUUCGUGAAGACCCUCACAGGCAAGACCAUCACCCUCGAGGUCGAGCCAAGCGACACCAUUGAGAAUGUGAAGGCCAAGAUCCAGGACAAGGAGGGCAUCCCCCCAGACCAGCAGCGUCUGAUCUUUGCCGGCAAGCAGCUGGAAGAUGGCCGCACCCUUUCCGACUACAACAUCCAGAAAGAGUCCACCCUUCAUCUGGUGCUCCGACUCAGGGGUGGCAUGUAAAUGUUUCUUGUUUCUGACCAAUAUUUUCAGUUACAUUACUGUUCUGACUAGUACUUUUUUUUUAAAUUAAUGAAUGCAAGAAUAAAGGUAUGAAUGUA